CAAGCGAGUACGUUAAUGGAACUGCAGUUCUAACCCGAACGCCAUGAGGAAAGCAUCUGGGGUCAUUUUAAAUUAUGCGCUGCUCGGAGUGUUAUCCAUUGUUCCUUACAUUAGAUGUGGGACAAGUGAUGGUCUUAUAAAUUUGGAUGCAGAUAUCGAAUACAGUUAUAUGCCUAAACUGUAUCAGUACGAUGACUAUGGGAAAUGUCUGAAGCAAGGGAGUGCUUACUGCAUGGUGCGCAGCUUAGUGAAACCUCGCCCUUCCAGUGCUCUAUGGCAACGAAUCCAGAAUUUCAGUGCGGACGUACGUCAUUUUCGGCACAACCUUUUGGACCGCGGUAUUUGCAUCGACGAGUGUUUGAGGUCGAUUGGUGGACUUAGCCAAACACAGCGCGAAGAACUGCGCGUGGCAUCGUUUCAAGUGGAUUUUAAAUAUCGCUUCAGGAAAAAAUACUACUCACACCUACCUGCAAACCACCAACUGUAUCAGGAUUCAGUUUCCUUGUGCAUCAACCAAAAACUGAAAUCUUCAUACGAUUUGCUGGCAUAUUCUGAUAUCGAGUACUGCCUGGAAAGCAGGCACUCCAACGAUGAUCCGCUGACUACAUUGGAUGGAAUUUGCAUUGUCAUAAUUUGCCUACUUUUGGGCAUGUGCGUCCUUAGUACUUUGUUCGACUGUCACAUUCGGAAUCAAACAAAAGCGGAAGAUCAUUUUGGAAAUGAUCCAGAACAUAUUGUGAACCAGCUCGCUACCGUUUGCAGUAUUCCUCGGAACUUCAAAUCUCUGUCUAGUCCACCGAAAUCUGCCCUCAGUCAGGAUUUCAUGUUUUUAGAGGGGCUUCGCUUCGUUACAAUGGUGACGAUUGUCUAUCUCCACACGACGGUCAUGUUGAUGCAAGUACCAACUGAGCAUCCGGAGUUGUUCGAAGAAACCCUGCACAACCCAGCGAUGGCAUCGCUGUCACUCUUUACCCCCAAUCUAGUCCAGUCUUUUUUCACUAUUGGGGGUAUUCUGAUGGCUGUCAAUCUGCUGGACUCCAUGGGAAAACAAGACACCUUUCGGUGGUCGCUCCUGUGGGAUAAAGUGUCCAAUCGACUGAAGCGUAUACUCCCACUAUAUUUGUUCGUUAUCAUGGUCACUGCAACCAUUUAUCGGCAUCUCCGCUUAGGUCCACUCCAUGAUAGAAUAGUGACAGUUGAAUCGAAGAACUGUCAGCAAAAUUGGUGGAUCAACUUAUUGUUUCUGAACAACUAUCUGAAAGCGGACGAAACAUGUGUUCAACCGAGUUGGUAUCUGAGCGCAGAUUUUCAGUUUUAUCUCUUUGCAAUGGUAGCACUGAUGACUAUUAAAAGGUAUCCAAGUUCAACUAAGUAUUGGGUGUGUUUCAUGAUAUCACUCAACUUGCUUGGUCCAGGAUUAAUAAUGUGGAUCCGAGGACUUCCACCUCUAAUGGCUACUGGGACAAGACCCGUUCUACUAUUGUUCACCGAUGACGACUGGUUCGCUCGCCUGUAUAAACCAUUUCACACCAGCAGUGCCGGGUAUUUCUAUGGCGUGCUCGCCGGCAUGGUGUAUCACCGUGUGAAACCAAUUGGAGAGGAGUUCGCCAACCGGAAAGUUUUCAAGACUGUGAAGAUUUUAGCUAUAUUGGUUGUAGUCAUAUGCUACGUUCCUUCAUAUCUUAUCUAUGAUAUACACUGGAAGUCAGUCUUCUGGAUGCCAUUGUACGGAUCUAUCGCUAAGAACUGCUGGGGUUUUCUGUGUGCAGUUACCUUCAUUAACUUAUCCAUCCAUAAGAAAAACCUAUUAAGAUCUCUGUUAGAGCAUCGGUUUCUUUUACCCUUAGGCAAGCUGACGUACAGUGUCUAUCACAGUCACUAUCUUAUACUGAUGGCAAUUUCCAGCUUCAUACGAGCGCCACUGCCUAAUGACGUGCUUACACCGAUUUCGUUCACGUUGCUAGCGCUGGUACUAUCGUAUGGGCUCGGCCUGGUCGUCUUCUUAUUGGUAGAGCAACCGGCGGCAAAUUUGCUAACCAGUAAGAACAAGUACUUCGAUUUCAUGGCGAAGCAGAUGAAACAGGGAGCAUCGUGGUGCUUUAAGAAAGUUAAUAAAAAAUGGUUUUAGUGUCUAGUA